GGUGGUUAUUGUGGUGUUGAUGGUGACACUGGCAGUCACCACAGUCUACAUACGUCAUCUUAAGAAGAAGUCAUCUCAAAGUGACUCACCGUCACCAGAAGCAGUGCCAAUGUUGACUGACGGACAGGAAGAAGCCAUAUACGAGGAGUGGACCGGUGGGCAGCUUCGACCCCCUUCUCCUACCUACAUCACAGUGUACAACUCAUACGAUGACACAAUGAACACAACAGAACAAGAGAGACCGAGCGAUUGGAUUUCUCCCCAAAUCCAAGAUGGCCUCUCGCACGACAUUGAUAAGACGACAGCACAGAAGAUGCAACCCUCCGGCCGUAGUUCCAACAACGACAUUGAGAAUGACUCUACCUGAACAUGAGGAACGUGACACCACCGUCUGUUUCAUCCACCAGAGGAAGAACAAACUAAGAUAACAGACGGGACAAUCACCCAGUAUCAAUACUGCACAAAUAUAACUUUCUGUCUUAUAUAACAUCAGACAGUAUACCAUCAUGCAACAAAAGUAUUCCCUCUAGUUCAACUAGCAACCUACACAUCAUGCAACUAGAAAAUACUAGACAUAGUUUAUUACAGGAAAGAAAGUUAGGUGACCUAGAAUAGGUUUAUCUAGGCACAGGUGCACAUAAGUACAAUUAUGAUACAUAGUGUAAGUUACCUAGAACGACCACAACUAACUAAUAACUAACAAUGAUCCGACAUAGUGUAAGUUACCUAGAACGACCACAACUAACUAACAACUAACAAUGAUCCGACAUAGUGUAAGUUACCUAGAACGACCACAACUAACUAACAAUUAACAAUGAUCCGACAUAGUGUAAGUUACCUAGAACGACCACAACUAACUAACAACUAACAAUGAUCCGACAUAGUGUAAGUUACCUAGAACGACCACAACUAACUAACAACUAACAAUGAUCCGACAUAGUGUAAGUUACCUAGAACGACCACAACUAACUAACAACUAACAAUGAUCCAACAAAUUUAACUAAAGCUUCUCAAGAUAACAGAAAUAAAUGACGACCAGAAAGUAACACAAAGCAUCUGUGGUAACACAUACAUAACAAGUAACAUCUCUCAACACCAGGAUGCUAAAAGUUGUACAAGACUGCAAAAUUAACUUGGAUUCACAGACGACCGACUUCCUGCAUAAUUAAGUUGACCAAAUAUGUUGAAAAUAGUACAAAAUAUUAACAACUUGACGAUUAAGACACAUGUACAACAGUUGUGUAUCUUUACUGAUGCAAUGUUUCGCCCACACAGGAGACUACUGUAUAGGCGAAAUGUUCCAGCAAUAAAGUUACCCAACUGUUGGACAUGUGUGUUAAUUCUGGAUGUAAUACAACAACAACAAUAACAGUUACCAGAUACAAUAAUCUUACACAAUCAUUAUUCACAUGAUGAUACAAACUCAAGUAUCUGCUUGAGUAACUCAUUGUAACUCAUCAAAUAUAAGUUCCGGGUUAAUACGGUAAAUAUUAACAUCAAGGUGACCCGUAUACUAGACAAACCCGGUCAAAAACACUGUUAGUGUGUAUGUUAAUGUAUGAAGUAUAGCGUGUAUGUUAAUG